CGCACCAUCUACAUUUGUUCUCCUAUUGGCUAAUCUACUUGGGUUAGUCUUUGAAUUAAUUAACCAUGUUGCUAUCAUAACACCAAAGUGUCGCUAAAACACAACCUAAUUUAUUUAUUAGAUGCAAAAAACACAACCUAAUUUAACUCCUAUAUUUAUAUAUAUUCAUUAACCAAAGAUUCAAUUGCAUAUGUAAAUUAAACAUGGCGCAAGUAUUAAACUAUCUAAUUCUUAUCACUCUCGUUCUCCUCUUGUCAUCAUCCUUGGUGGUAGGUGAUUGCAAUUGCGAUCACGAAAAUUCAACACAUGAUGAUACUAAACUUACCCUAAAAUAUAAACUCGGGGCAAUUGCCGCCAUUCUGGCAGCAAGUGCCCUAGGAGUUUCCCUUCCUCUCGCGGGGAAGAAUUUCCCCGCCCUAAACCCGAAUAGUAAUUUAUUUUUUCUAGUAAAAACUUUCGCAGCAGGGGUGAUUUUGUCAACUGGGUUUAUUCACAUUCUACCUGAUGCCUACGAAGACCUCACAAACCCUUGCCUUGAUGAAAAUCCUUGGGGAAAGUUUCCCUUUAUGGGGCUUUUCGCCAUGGUGGGUGCCCUAGGAAGUUUGAUGAUUGAUUCCUUUGCCACCGGUUACUAUCGUAGGGUACACUUUGGUGGGAAGAAGGAUACUUUGCCUAUGAUUGAUGAAGAGAUGAGUGGUGACCAUACCGGACAUAUCCACCUUCAUACACAUGCUACCCAUGGACAUGCCCAUGGUCCAGGUCCUGGAGCUACCCCUGAGGGUUUGAAUGAGUUGGAUCGUAUCAGAUACAAAGUUACAUCACAGGUCUUGGAGAUGGGUAUUGUGGUUCAUUCAGUGAUUAUAGGGAUAUCAAUGGGUACUUCUCAAAGCCUUGAUACAAUCAAGCCUCUCAUGGCCGCUUUGUGCUUCCAUCAGUUCUUCGAGGGUGUUGGACUUGGCGGAUGCAUUGUACAGGCAGCUUUCAAGUCAUCUUCUACAUUGUGCAUGUCAGUAUUCUUCUCCCUCACAACUCCAGUUGGAAUAGCAGUUGGAAUUGGAAUAAAUAGUAUUUAUAAUGAUAGUAGCCCAACCGCUCUGAUUGUUCAAGGCUUGUUGAACUCAGUCGCAGCAGGAAUCUUGAUUUACAUGGCGCUUGUUGAUCUACUAGCUCAAGACUUUAUGAGCCCUAAGGUGCAAAACAAUACUAAGCUUUUCUUUGGAGCAAAUCUUACCUUGCUUCUUGGUGCUGGUUUUAUGGCUAUAUUGGCUAUCUGGGCUUGAUUUUCUUUUUCUUUUAAGCUAAGAAAUAGUGAACUACUCUCUUAUUGCUUGCUUUCCUACUUGUUACUUCCAAAAAAUUGUUAAAAAAAAUUAUAAAACGUUGGAAGA